AUGCCCCCCGUGGCGGGAGACAACGUGGAUAUCGUGAAAGACUUUCUUGAGGGGGCCAUAAGCUCCGAGGAAGCACCCAAGGCCACUGCGGUGCCAGUGUCUAUGGCACUGGUACCUUUGGACGAGCGCGCGGAGGAACAACAACGCCCAGCUAUAAAGGAUUUACACCAGCCACCACUAAAGCCACUUCCUUUGGUACCAACUGACGAGAAACCACCACCACCACCACCUCCUCCGAAGCCCCCACCAGCCGGCACAACCCCUAGAAGGCACCCGCCCGUGCCACCAGGUGGACUGAGACCAAACCGGCCACCUCCGAAGCCUGCCGAGCAAACGCCGAAAGUCCCGCCGGAACCUGAGAAGCCGCACAAAGUCUCCGAAAAGCAUGGGAACGAUCCUGCACUGUACGCCAUGAUGAACAACGAAGUGCACCGUGAAGUGGAGUGCAAAAGGCAACUGAUCCCGCGCCGCCUGUUCUUGGCAAACCUCCUGGCAUGUUUCAUCCUCGUUGUCAUCUCCCACAUAAUCAUUGUUUACGAUUUCGAACGGCGAGCUUCGAUGACCAGUCCACCAGUGCCUUCUGCAAUCGGGGAAGACGAUCACGUAUGUCGCGACGUGCAGUGCAGUGCGGCUGGUACUCACCUCUUUUACGUGUUGAAUGCAAGUGUGAAGCCUUGCGACAGCAUAUACGACUACGUAUGCAAAAGUUGGAUACACGAGGGACCACAGAACUACCGCAAGAUAGUCCUUGGCUCCGAGCGCAUUUUUGUUGAUAACAUGUACACCGAGAUGAAGACAGCCCUACUCAGUUAUCAGGCUAGGGCUAGCGAGUCAGAGGCCGUGAGAAAAGCCACUGAACUCUACAGGCUAUGCCUAGAAGAGCCAAAGAAACAACCGAAAAACACGAACUUGAUAAAUCAAUUACUGAGUGACUAUGGACUUUCUUCAUGGCCUUACUCCGAAAGUGCCGCAACGAAUUUUUUCUCGAGCCCGUACCUCAGCCUAGCAAAGUUCAUCCGCGAUUCCGGUGUCGGUGCAGUCGUAGCAGUAAAGAUGCUACCCGACCCCGAAAACACUCUGGCUAGAGUGUUUGCGCUUGACUGCUCCACUUUCAUUGUGCCCAUGGGUACGCUGCUGCAGUUUGCAGAACACAAAAGCGACACUUUGCUUGGUUAUAAAGCGUACAUUGCUGACGUUCUUAAAGCAGUGCGACCACGACGACAGGAUGUAGACAAGCUGGCUACAACAAUUAUGGCGUUUGAAGUCAACAUGGCACAUCGCUGCAGUGAAGGUUGCCGGAAAAAAAGGUUUAAGAGGACUACACUCAAUGACUUGACAAGUGAACUGAAAAGCAAAGGUGUUGACUGGAAGCAGUUUUUAGAGGCUGUGGCUCCAGUGAAAUCAGACAUCAGGCAAAGCACUCCUGUUCUGGUUCGCUCUUUGCGGUACCUCAAAGGUGUGUCCAUGCUUUUUGAAGACCAACAGACAUUGCGGCGCAUGAUGAACUAUGUAGGGUGGCGCGCGGUUCAUCACUUUAUGCGGCACGCUGGCACUAGCUUCCGAGAGUUGACAGAGGCGUUCAUGACGGCGAGACUAAAGGAAGAAAGGUUCCCGUACGACAGGAGCUGCAUCAGAGAUGUCAACGAUGUGAUGCCUUUCGCUGUGGGACGUGUGUUCGCCGAAACGGUGUUUUCUCAGGACCAUUUCGACUUUGCUGCACGGUCAGUGAAUGCUCUUAUGAAAGGGUUCCAAGUCGUACUUAAAGAGUUUCAAUGGGCCCCUCUAGACGUGCAGACAAAAUUUUCGAGAAUGGAUUACAUUGUCAGCUACCCUGAAUGGAUAAAAAAUUUCUCCAGACUAAACGCCUAUUACGACAGCGUGCCGACAAGCGGAUCGUACUUUAAUCGCUACAUCAGUGCCUCGCGGAAUCGGUAUCAGCGCUACCUCUCUCCACCUCCGAUGAUGCCGUACAUGCAUCGCAGGCUGGCCGAGUUUAUUUUCCCAUCCCGGGUAGUGGAUCUGGAGCGGCGCGUUGGGCCUCCGCGUGAGACCACCUUCUACGACGUGCGCGACAACACGCUCAUCGUACCGGCCGGUGCCAUGCAGCCUCCCUACUUCGACACGAGGCGUCCGUGGGGCCUUACCUUCGGAGGCCUCGGAACCAUGGUCUCCCGCGACUUCGUUAACGAAAUGUUCCACACGCCUGAAGGAAUUCUGAAAGACGACAAGCAGAAGACAAUCUUCAAGGACAAGACCCAAUGUCUUUUGGAUUACAUCAAGAAAGGACUGGACCCAAACACAAACCCGGACUGUACGAGCAUUGUGACGGAUGUCUUCGCGCUUCGGGUGGCGUAUGAGGCGUACCAAAUCUUCGUCGACGGCAGAGACGACGACACGCUUCAGGGCGUCGCGCAAAUGACGCCUGACCAGCUUUUUUUCAUUUCGGCUGUGCGGACACUCUGCACGAGCAUCAGGGAGCAGCACUUCUCUCAAGUCGUGCUCCUGCGCAAGAACGUCACGGAGAUGGACCUCAUCGACCCAGCAGUGAUGAGCAUGCGAGAGUUUGAGGACGCCUUUAACUGCAAGCAGAGUAACGGUCGCAUCGGGCGAGAACUUGUUCAACAAGUGUUUCUACCCUCCUCAAGCAUCAUGACUGCAGUCACCGCCACUGGUCAAGCUAGCGUUGAAAUGAAUCUGCGUAAACGAACGCUUCUGCGACCAAACGAAAAUGCCGAUUCAGAGACUGCCUAG